AUGGCAGUGUCAGCUGUACAGCGCAAGAAGGUGCUCAGAGUGCUUGUUAUAUCCUUGAUCUUGGACCUGGUAUCCUUUACCUUCAUCUUGCCUCUGUUCCCGAAACUCCUCGAGUUCUACCGCAAUGUCGAAACCCAGUCCGAUUCGACCCUCCUCGCGAACGUCAUCCACGGCUUGAACGCCUACAAGAACAGCUUCGAGAAGCCCAUCAAUGAUCGUUAUGACAUCGUCCUGCUAGGAGGAGCAUUGGGCUCCCUGUUCUCAUUAUGUCAAGCGAUAGCCUCGCCGAUCAUCGGGACUCUCUCGGAUAGAUAUGGACGAAGGACAGCACUUCUCUGGUCAAUGACCGGAAACAUCGCCUCAGUCGCACUAUGGUGUGCAGCAACAGACUUCCGCACUUUCCUGGCAAGCAGAAUCGUUGGUGGUCUGAGCGAGGGCAAUGUGCAGCUGGCUCUCGCCAUCGCGACAGACAUCAGUACCGACCAGGACCGCGGUAAGACAAUGGCCUUGGUCGGAGCUUGCUUCUCGGUGGCCUUCACCUUCGGCCCAGCUUUGGGCGCAUGGCUGUCGACCAUCACUACCGUAUCUGCCAAUCCAUUCGCAACAGCAGCUGGCGUCAGCUUGGCUCUGAUCGUAACGGAGACCAUUUACAUCUACUACGCGCUGCCCGAGACACACCCAACGAACCAGACUCCGAUCACAGAGCCUGGCACGUCGUACGCAGAUGCAGUCAAGGAGGGCACUGGCAAGAGGGAGAGGACGAACAGUCAUACCCUGCUCAACUUGACGCACUUUAGCUUCAUUCUCUUCUUCAGCGGCAUGGAGUUUUCGCUACCUUUCAUGACCUACGACCUCUUUGCAUACGGCAGUAAGGACUCUGGAAAGCUUCUUGGUUUCAUUGGCCUGGUCGCGAGUGUCCUCCAAGGAGGUGUUACCAGACGUAUGCAUCCACUGCGAGUCGUUCAGCUUGGUGUUGCAAGUGCGGCAGUAGCGUUCUUCUUGCUCUCGCGACUUCAGACACAGGGUGCCCUGUAUGGCGCAGCAACGUUGCUGGCUAUCACAAGCAGCACUGUCGUGACCGGUCUGAACAGCUUGAGCAGUUUCGAGGCCAGCGCAGAUCGGAGAGGAGAAAAGCUAGGACACCACAGAGGUUUCGGUCAGGUAGGACGAGCACUCGGACCCCUUAUCUUCUGCUCGCUAUACUGGUGGGCUGGUAGGGAGACAGCAUACAUCAUUGGAGGUAGUGGCAUGGUGGCGGUAACUGGUCUGGUCUUUGGAGGACUGAAGCCACCGAAGGGUCUGGAGAUGAAGAAGCCAGCCAAAGCUGUGAAGGCAAACGGGACCGCAGUCAAGGCCCAGUAG